CAAAGGACACUACAAAAACAUUGGAUCUUACUGGAAGAACUGGUACUCCAAAAAUGGACAAAACCAAGGAAUCUGACAAGGAAGAUAGACCACAAUGGGAUAACAAGAUACAGUACCUGCUCACCUGCAUUGGAUUUGCAGUGGGAGUGGGAAAUGUUUGGCGAUUUCCAUAUCUUUGCCAAAUAUAUGGAGGGGGUGCCUUCCUUAUCCCGUACCUGAUAGCGCUGGUGUUUGAAGGCCUCCCGCUGCUCUAUCUGGAGAUGGCGAUAGGACAAAGAAUGCGCUUGGGGAGCACUGGAGUCUGGUACUCAAUCUCACCGCUUCUGGGAGGGGUUGGCAUUGGAUCACUGAUUGUUUCAUUCCUGGUAUCCCUUUUCUACAACACUCUUCUAGCCUGGGUUCUUUGGUACUUCUUUCACUCUUUUCAAGAUCCCCUGCCAUGGAGCACAUGUCCACUAAAUGCAAACCGCACAGGUUUUAAUGAGGAGUGUGAGAAAAGCACUCCAGUAAAUUACUUCUGGUACCGUGAGACGUUGAACAUUACUACAGACAUUGAAAGCAGUGGCACCAUACAAUGGACGAUGGUACUGUGCCUGGCCAGUGCUUGGUGCAUUGUGUACAUCUGCUUCAUCAAAGGGAUCCAGUCAAUGGGCAAGGCUGUGUAUGUGACGGCAACAUUUCCAUACCUAGUCCUGACAAUAUUUCUAGUACGGGCCAUUACUUUACCGGGAGCAGUGGAUGGAAUAAAGUAUCUCUUCACCCCAGAGUGGGAGAUUCUGAAGAACCCUCGGGUGUGGCUUGAUGCUGCCACUCAGAUCUUCUUUUCUCUAUCCGUGGCCUUUGGUGGACUCAUUGCUUUUUCUAGCUAUGCAGAUGAAAAAAACAAUUGCGAAAGGGAUGCUCUUGUGGUUGGCAUAAUCAACAGUGCCACUUCUCUCUAUGCCUCCAUACCAAUCUUCUCAAUCUUGGGAUUCAAAGCUACAAGUGCUUUGUACAACUGUCAAGAAGACAACAUCAUGAUCCUUACCAACCGCUUUGAUAUUUCUGACCAAAACAUCACCCGUGAUAACUAUGACAAUUGGUUCAACCAUUUAAACAGCACAUAUCCAGAUGCAAUCGCUGCUUUAAAUCUUCAAACAUGUAAUCUACAGACAUUUCUUGAACAGAGUGCCUCUGGGACUGGUUUGGCAUUCAUUGUGUUUACUGAAGCAGUGAUUGAGAUGCCAGGUUCACAGAUAUGGGCAAUCCUAUUUUUUAUCAUGCUCCUUAGCCUGGGUCUCUCCUCAAUGUUCGGUAAUGUACAGGGAGUCCUUACACCCAUCUAUGACCUCAAAAUAUUGCCAAAGUGGAUCCCAGAAGUACUUUUAACAGGAAUUAUAUGCAUAAUCAGCUUUCUGGCGGCACUUAUAUUUACGCUGGGUUCUGGGAAUUACUGGUUGGAGGUUUUUAACGCCUAUGUGGGCUCAAUACCUCUACUUAUAAUAGCAUUCUUUGAGAUUGUUGGAGUCAUCUAUGUACGUGGGAUGAAAAGGUUUAGUGACGAUAUCUUGUUCAUGACUGGGAAAAAACCCAACAUUUUCUGGAAGGUGUGCUGGAUGGUGAUCAGUCCAUUAAUGCUUUUUGCUGUGCUAAUUGCCUAUGUGGCCUUACAUGCACAAACACGCCCAACCUAUCCCACAUGGAACCCAUCAUAUGAAUUGUUUCCUAAAACCAAAAUCCUGCAGUAUCCUGACUGGGUCUUUGCCAUAAUCAUCCUCCUGUGUGUGGUACCCAUCAUUUCCAUUCCCAUAGUGGCUCUAAAUGGACUAAUCCGUGGUAGACUGAGGAGGUCCUCCACCAGGGCUGAGCUCAGUGCCUAUAGCAAUGCUGGCUUUGAUGCAAAUUACAGACCAACCAAGACAUAA